AUGAUUUCAAAUUCCGAUUCAUCAUAUUCUAAAGUCGAAUCAUCACCUUAUACUCCCGUUGUAAUUAACGUUGAAAAUGGUGAAGUGGUUCAUCAGCGUAUUUUAUUAAUUUAUGGGCGUGCGGGUCCACAAGAUAUGAACUUUGAAUCAAAGAUUACAGUUGAACAUCAUGUAAAUAAUUUUCCAUCAACAACUUGGCAAGUUUUUAAUUCUCAUUUCAAAUGUUUAGUACAUUUAGAUGCAGGUUUAAAUAAUAUUAAAUUUAUUCUUGAUACAUCACCAUUUUCUUCUGAUUCAAGACCAUUAACAACAAUAUUUCAAGUAAAUUAUGUUCCAUUAUUACAAAAUCCUCCAUUAAAUUUAGCAAUUCUUGUAGCAAAAGAUUCAAAAGAAAUUAUUGAUGCUCCUGAAGAAAAAGAAAAUUCCGGUGAAAAUAAAUUGGAAAGUGUUAAAGCAAAACUUCGUUGUGCAGGAUAUUUAUGGCAAGCAUUUACUGCAGAACAAAUGAGUCGCAAUGGAUUUGGAAGAAGAGUUUUUAGAUUAGAUGAAGAAUGGACGGAAGAUACGAUUUCAAAUCAAAAUCCUGGAUUAAGACAAACGGCAAAAAUUCAUAUAAUUCGUAGUUCAUACACGUUAAAACAAAUUUUAGAUCCAGAUAUAGCGCAACAAAAUCCUAAUGGAGUUGAUGAUAAAAAAAAAGAUUUAUAUUCUAUAUUCAUGGACAGUUUAAAAGAAUAUGGUGCUCCAUUCGAUAAACAAUGUUACGUUGCAGGAUUAAUUUUGGAUUCUCAUUAUGAUACUUCACCUAACAUGGGAUUCAUUAGAGGUCAUGCCGCAUUAGGAGGUGGUUGGGAUAACAUUCGACUAGGAAUUUUUGGUAGUCAUUUGACACAUGCUUGGCCAAGAUACCUUGAAGAAGUUGUUAGUUGUUUUCAAGAUAAUACCAUCACAGAUGAGAACAGAUUGUCUAAUGAUGCAGGAGAAAGUGGAACAUGGUGGAGAUGUUGUAAUAUUGGAAUUGGUGCAUUUUUACAUGAAGUCGGUCAUUGUUUGACCGCACCUCAUUCUCCAAGUGGAAUUAUGUCAAGAGGGUUUAAUAAUUUAAAUCGUACAUUUACGGUUAAAGAACCAAAUAAUCCUUUUCCAACGACACCAUCUGAAGAAGAAGGUGCACAUUGGUAUAGAAGUAAUGUUAUAAGAUUUAGAUAUCAUCCAUGUUUCCGUUUGCCUUUUGAACCACCAGCAAAAAUUGAUCUUAAAAAUAUUGGAGCAGAUUUUUGGAUUUUAAAUAAAUUUUUAUUAAUUAAAUGUUCCGCGGGAAUUUCAUUAAUUGAAAUUUAUGUUAGAAAUAAUAUUAUUGGUUAUUUAGAUUAUUCUGAUGAAUAUAAUCAAACUGAAAUUCGAUUAAAGGUAGAUGAAAUUAUUAAAAAAUAUGGUGGGAAAUAUAAUAUUAUUAAAAUGAAUUUCGUAGCAAAGAAUCAAACUGAAACUUUUUUACAAAAUUUACAAAAAUUUUCGGAAGAAAGUAAAAUUAUAUUACCAAUAUAUGGAAAAGUAUUUAAAUCUAAUUAUUUGGGAAAACUUGAUGAAAGUUUAACUGAAUUUAAAAUUUUAUUUAAAAAAUUUAUUGAUACUAAACCUAUUACAUUAAAAAGAAUGAUUAUUAAAUAUGAUGUUUUUAUCAAUUCGAUUACAUUUUAUUGGUCUGAUAAUACCAACUUACGUAUUGGUAUAGAUGAUGAUGAAGGUAUUAAAAAAGAAUUUUUAUUUGAAGAAGGAGAAAAAAUUGUUAAAAUUAAAGUUAAUUCUGGUUGGUAUAUUGAUGGAUUUGAAAUCAAAACUAAUUUAGGUAGACGUAGUAAAUGGUUUGGUGGUCAUGGUGGUAGUAAGCAUACAUUAGAAGCACCUGAUAAUGAAUAUGAAAUGAUCGGUCUUUAUGGUACUGGCAAUUAUUUUGUUAAUACUUUAGGAAUUAUUUAUAAAAAAAUUUCGUAA